AUGUCUUUCGAAUAUUUAAGAACAGUAAAUGGUAUUACAUACAAAUCAUAUAGAGAAGCAUGCCAACAGCUCAGUUUACUCAAAGAUGAUAAAAAUUGGGAUGAUGCAUUAACGAAAGCAAAUGAAACAAAGAAGUUGUGUAGUUUAAGAUCAUUAUUUUCAAUUAUCUUGACUUCAUGUAACCCAUCGCAUCCACAAUCAUUAUGGGAAAAAUAUAAAAAAAUUAUGAGUGAAGUUAUAUUAUAUCGGAAUAAGAAAUUAAAUUGUUGUAAUGAUUUAGAUUAUGCAGAUGAAAUAUUCAAUGAAGCUCUCAUAAUUAUAGAAGAUAUGUACUAUAAAUAA